AUGACGGGCACGGACGCCGACGUCCGUGAAGCGGACUAUGGGUAUGUGCGGAAGGUGUCGGGUCCCGUGGUGGUGGCCACCAAGAUGUCCGGGGCAGCCAUGUACGAGCUCGUACGGGUGGGCCCGAUGCAGCUGAUCGGAGAGAUCAUCCGCCUUGAGGGCGACACGGCGACCAUCCAGGUGUAUGAGGAAACGUCAGGACUGACAGUGAAUGAUCCCGUGCUGAGGACCAAGCAGCCGCUCUCUGUGGAGCUUGGACCUGGCAUCUUGGGCAACAUUUUCGACGGUAUCCAGAGGCCGCUGAACACCAUCGCGAAGCUCACCGGCGAUUGCUUUAUUCCCAGAGGCAUUAACAUCCCAGCCCUGGACCACAAGAAGACCUGGGAGUUCCAGUCAGUGGGAUUGAAGGUCGGAGACAGGGUGACAGGUGGAGACAUCUAUGGGGUGGUUCCAGAGAACACGCUGAUAAGUCACAAGAUCAUGCUGCCACCUGGUGCCCGGGGCACCAUCACCUACAUCGCACCUGCAGGCGAGUACACCAUUGUGGAUGACAUCAUCGAGCUCGAGUUCCAAGGCCAGAAGAAGCAAUACACGAUGAGGCAAAUGUGGCCAGUGCGUGCUCCUCGCCCAGUGGCGUCCAAGAUGCUUGCAGACUCUCCGUUGCUGACCGGUCAGAGGGUGCUGGAUGCAUUGUUCCCAUCAGUUCGAGGAGGGACAUGUGCCAUACCUGGUGGCUUUGGCUGCGGCAAGACUGUGAUCUCACAGGCCUUGUCCAAGUACUCAAACUCUGAUGGAAUCGUAUACGUCGGCUGUGGAGAGCGUGGCAAUGAAAUGGCUGAGGUCCUGAUGGACUUCCCACAACUGACGAUGACGUUGCCCGAUGGGCGUGAAGAGUCCAUCAUGAAGAGAACCACGCUGGUCGCCAAUACGUCCAACAUGCCUGUGGCUGCCAGAGAGGCUUCCAUCUACACUGGAAUCACUUUGGCUGAGUACUUCAGGGACAUGGGCUACAACUACUCGAUGAUGGCAGACUCAACCUCACGAUGGGCUGAGGCCCUUCGUGAGAUCUCUGGGCGGUUGGCUGAGAUGCCUGCCGAUUCAGGGUACCCUGCCUACCUAGGUGCUCGCCUGGCAUCCUUCUAUGAGCGGGCGGGCCGUGUGUCUUGUCUGGGAUCGCCUAAACGCGAAGGAAGCGUCACAAUUGUCGGGGCCGUGUCUCCCCCAGGAGGAGACUUUUCAGAUCCUGUCACCUCUGCCACACUGGGCAUCGUGCAGGUGUUCUGGGGCCUGGACAAGAAGCUGGCGCAGCGCAAGCACUUCCCCUCCGUCAACUGGCUGCUGUCGUACUCCAAGUACGUGAAGGCCCUGGAGCCCUUCUACGACAAAGUCGACCCUGACUUCAUUCCCAUCAGGACUGUCGCCAGGGAGGUGCUGCAGAAGGAGGACGAGCUGAACGAAAUCGUGCAGCUGGUGGGAAAGGACGCCCUGGCUGAGACGGACAAGAUCAUCCUGGAAACUGCAAGGUACAUCAAAGAGGACUUUUUGCAGCAGAACGCCUUCACCAAGUAUGACAAGUACUGCCCAUUCUACAAGUCAGUGGGGAUGUUGCGGAACAUAGUGACUUUCCACAAGUGUGCAACAGGCGCCAUCGAGAAGACGGCCGCAGGCAAUGCUGAGGGCCAGAAAAUCACUUACAACAUCAUCAGGCAGCGCCUCGGAGAUGUCAUGUCCAGGAUAUCAAGCCAGAAAUUUGAGGACCCAGAGAAUGGGGAGGACGCCAUCAUGGAGAAGUUGACCACCCUGAACGAGGAUGUCAAGGAGCGCUUCAGGAGCCUGGAGGAGGAAUACCGAUGA